AUGGGGCACUCGCUAUCCAAAGAGGAACAGGCAGUGGUGAAGCUCCUCCAACAUAUUCUCUCUAAGAGAGGGUUGCAAUAUGACAGUGCCGCCUUACAGAGACUGUUAAAAUGGUCCCAUGAUCGUGGCUUUAUCCCCACGGUGCAAGCAGCAUUUGCAAUUUCUGAAUGGGAGCGUAUAGGACAAGCGCUAUCGGAUGAGAUCAGCAAAGGGACAAAAGAUGUGCAAAACCACUCCACUUUGUGGCGGUUGAUGUUAGAGACUUUGAAAGAGAUGAAAUCAGAGCGAACAGCCAUGGCUUCUGUACUUAUGGCUACUGCGCCCUCUUCGGAACAGUCAGGUUCAGGAGCAGACGCCACAGCUAUGGCGUUUGCUCCUCCUGUUGUGCCUGGGACGAUUCUGAAACAUUCAACACAAACAACAGGCAAGGGAAAACUCCGUCGCCAUCUGCAGAAUGCAUCGCAGACGACAGAAGUGGCUGCUCGUGCCCCGGACCCAGAGGAAAGGGACCCGGAGUCCGAACUGGAUCCAGGUCCGGACUCUCCGGAGGCUGAGCCGGACUUGUAUCCUCCACUCUCUGAUUCUGACUCUGAAUCUGAUCAAUCGAUUUGCUCGGCUCACCAACAGCUGGUCGCAGGCUCGGGGGACAAACAUCAAUCCAUCCUACAAAGGCUGGCAGCCUUGGAAGCCGGCAGCAAAGUAGCGGGGACAUCAGCUCCACCCUCUUCUAAAUCCUUUUUGAAAGGGGGUUUGGUGGGGAUGGGUCCGUGGGAUCCGCUGGGAGUAAUAAUCCGGCACAUCGUUGGCUCGGCUUAUAUCUUAACGCCAUAUGAUAUUCGGUUGCUUGCCCAGUCGCUGCUUGUUCCGCAUUUGCAGCUGUGGUUUUUUAAUAAAUGGGAUCUAGCCUGCCAAAGGGUUGCUAGUCAGCCUCGCCAGCCGGGAGAUCCGUUGCUUGGAGUAACAGCCGAUGUUUUGUUAGGAAAAGCUCAAUAUGACGAUCCGCAGACGCAAGCUAAUUUGCCAACGGCGGUUUUAGCCUUGUCCCAGGAACAAGCGUUGAAAGCUUGGUAUGCCCUGCCUGAUGAUAAAACUACUCCAGGUUUCUUGUCUGUUAAGCAGGGUCCAACAGAAUCUUACCAACAAUUUAUUGAUAGACUGUUUGACGCAUUAAGAAAACAUCCUGAUUUGAGUGAUGAAAUGAAGGGAAAAUUAUUAGAUAUUGUGGCUUUUGAUGGGGCCAAUGAUCAGACGAAACAAAUUCUGAAUACGUUGCCAAGGGGAAGGUCUACUGCUCAGCUGCUUGAGGCAGUGGACCGUAUGGGGCAUAAACAAAAAGCAGCGUAUAUGGCUGAGGCAUUCGCUGCUGCCAUUCAACCUUUUACACAGAAGAAAGGGGGAAACACUAGAGAUAAGAAAUGCUAUAAUUGUGGAAAAUUGGGUCAUAUUCGAGCACAAUGCCGGUUGAAACCGGCCUCUAACAAUCGGGCGAUUAGCCAAAAUGGACGAAAAUGGUGCGAACGAUGUAAUAAACCCACGCACAAUACAGUAAAUUGUAAGGGAUCGGGAAACGGAAAAUCGAACGCUUACCCUCGCGCUCAGACAAAAAUGCAGGGUGCUUGGACAGCAUCUCCUCAGCCACAACCAGUAGUGCCGGAGUGGACGUGGCAACCACAGUAG